AGCUUGAAGCUGAUUGGCAGCUGCCUCUCUGCACUUAUCAGAGCUCAAAGCAGCUUCUGCAUUCAGAAAGUGAAACUAACGCAGCCACUGUGACUGAGAGCAGAGAUGGAGCAGAGUCAUCUGGACAGAGAAACCUUCUGCUGUUUCAUCUGUAUGGAUCUACUGAAGGAUCCAGUGGCUAUUCCCUGUGGACACAGCUACUGUAUGAAGUGUAUUAAGACCCACUGGGAUGCAGAGGAUCAGAAGGGAAUCCACAGCUGCCCUGGGUGCAGGGAGACGUUCACACCGAGGCCUGUGCUAAAGAAGAACAUCAUGCUAGCGGCUUUCGUGGAGCAGCUGAAGAAAAUUGGACUCAAAGCUGCUGCUGCUGAUCACUGCUAUGCUGGACCUGAAGAUGUGGCCUGUGAUGUCUGCAGUGAAAGAAAACUGAAAGCUAUCAAGUCCUGUUUAGUCUGCCUGGUCUCUUACUGCAAGGAACACCUUCAGCCUCAUUAUGAUUCAGCUCCUUUCAGGAAACACAAGCUGGUGGAGCCGGCCAGGGACCUCCAGGAGAACAUCUGCUCUCGUCAUGGUGAGGUGAUGAGGCUCUUCUGUCGUACCGAUAAGAUGAGUAUAUGUGCUUUCUGUUUAAUGGCUGAACAUGGUCGUCACGACACGGUAUCAGCUCCAGCAGAAAGGGCUGAGAGGCAGAGAGAGCUGGAGGAGAGACGAGGAAACGUCCACCAGAUGAUCCAGGAAAAAGAGAAUGAUGUGAAGCUGCUUCAUCAGGAGGUGGAGGCCAUCAAUCACUCUGCUGAUAAAACGGUGGAGGAGAGUGACAAGGUCUUCACCCAGCUGAUCCAUCUCCUCCAAAGAAGAAGCUCUGAGGUGAAGCAGCAGAUCAGAUUCCACCAGAAAACUGAAGUGAGUCGAGUCAAAGAUCUUCAGAAGAAGCUGGAGCAGGAGAUCACUGAGCUGAAGAGGAAAGACGCUGAGCUGGAGCAGCUGUCACACACAGAGGAUCACAGCCAGUUUCUCCUCAACUACUCCUCACUGCCAGCACUCAGUGAGUCGACACACUCAUCCAGCAUCAAAAUCCGUCCUCUGAGACACUUUGAGGACUUGACAGCAGCUCUGACAGAGUUCAGAGAUAAACUACAGCAAGUUGAGAGUGACUCGUGGGAUAACGUCUUACUGAUGGUCACUCAGAUGGAUGUUCUACUGUCAGGACCAGAACCAAGGAGCAGAGCUGGCUUCUUGAAUUACUACUGUGAAAUCAGUCUGGAUCCAAACACAGCAUACGAACGUCUGGAACUAUCAGAGGGGAACAGGAAGGUGACAUUGCUGAAUAAAGAUCUGCCUUAUUUCAGACAUCCAGGCAGAUUCACUUUUUGGUCUCAGGUUCUGAGUAGAGAGAGUCUGACUGGACGUUGUUACUGGGAGGUGGAGUGGAGCGGUAAAGUUUGUGUUGCAGUUGCAUACAAAAAUAUCAGCAGAGUAGGAAAUACAGAUGCAUGUGGAUUUGGAUUUAAUGACAAAUCUUGGGCUUUAUAUUGUUCCAAUUUAACAUUUGGUCACAACAACAUCUGGACCUCCGUCUCGGGUCCAGUUUCCUCCAGAGUAGGAGUGUACCUGGAUCACACAGCAGGUCUUCUGUCCUUCUGCAGCGUCUCUGACUCCAUGACUCUGAUCCACAGAGUCCAGACCACAUUCACUCAGCCACUACUGGCUGGAGUUUGGGUUUUGGGAAAAGGAAACUCUGCAGAAUUCUGUCAGCCCAGUAGAUAUACUUUCUUGUCUCCAAUUGCUGCUCCGGGUUCAUUGUUCUGAUUUAUUUUUCUGGUUUAAGUAGUUCUUUGUUCCAGGAGGAUUUUUUUGGGGGGUGGGGGUAUUCUUUGAGACUAAAAUAUUUCUCCACAUGAAAACCUAAACUUCUCUGGGUUCUAAUAGUUUUGCUUUAACAUUCAUAUUGAUGAUCUGGUUCCUCUUCCACGGUUUGGCAGAACAAAUGUUCAAAUCAGUUAUUGAAAUGAGAUGAACUCACUGGUGUUCUUUAUAGUGAUCCAAAGAAGAAACUGAAUCUAUCUGCUUAGAACUGAUGCUGCUUUAGAUCAGAAAUGUAAAUGUCUGACUUUCUUCAAUAAAAUGAUAUGAUUAAAGAGAAA